CGGUGGUGCCCUGAAAACUCCACAUGUAUCAGUGCCACCGCCUGUCGCUGUGACCCGGGAUUCAGUUCUCCAUCUGGGGACAUCACCAGCCCUGCAGAGGCCUGUGACGACAUCAACGAGUGUGCCCCACCUGUGAGGGUGUCCUGUGGAAAAUUUGCCGACUGCCAGAACGUGGAGGGGAGUUACUACUGCACAUGCAGCCCAGGAUACAUGCUUCCUACUGGGGGAAAAGCAUUCCGAAACGAGAGUGAGAACAUGUGUCAAGAUGUGAAUGAAUGUUCUUCGGGGCAAAACCCAUGCCAUAACACCACCCACUGCCUCAACAACGUGGGUGGCUACGAAUGCCGCUGCAGACAGGGCUGGAAGCCAAUGCCCGGGUCACCCAAUGGCCCAAACACCACUGUCCCCACAGAGAUGUCCUUCCCCUCCUGGUCCCGGCCCUCUGGAGUCACCAGCCAGAGCCUCUCCCGCUUCUUUGACAAAGUUCAGGAACUGAGCAGAGACUUCAAGCCAAACUCCGCCAGAAAGACUAUUCAAAACCUCAUUACAUUUGUGGAUGAGCUUCUGGAGGAGCCCGGGGAUCUGGAGGUCCUGGACCUGCCUGCCCGGCACCGCGUCGCCACCCAGCUGCUCUUGGGCCUUGAACAAGUCCUGAGAACCCUGGCCCAGGCCUUGCCUGAAGCCUCCUUCACCUACCAUUCCCCUGCGAACACAGAGCUGUCCCUGAAGAUCCAGGAGAACAGAGAUGGGGACAAGCACGUUAUCGUGGGCCAGAGCCACGCGCGGAUGCAGCUCAACUGGGCCACAGCAGCUCCAGACAAGGACUCGGGCCCCACGGUGGUGGGCAUCCUCUCCAGCCUGAAAAUGCAGAGAUUGCUAGCCAAUGCCUCCUUGGACCUGGAGCCCUGGAAGAAAGCUGAGCUGGAAGAGACUCACGAAAGCCCAGUCCAGGGGGCCCAGCUCAGUGUCCUCUCGGCUGUCAACUCCGCAUUCCUGAGCAACACAAACACAGAGAAACUUGACUCUCCCAUCACCUUUGCCUUCUCCCACAGUGAGUCCUCAGGCUGGGAGGAGGGGGGUUAUCCUCCUGUUCACCCCACAACGCCCGGGCCACGGCAGGAACUGAUCUGCGCCUUCUGGAGGGGUGACAGCCACAAGGGCGGGCAAUGGGCCACCACAGGCUGCCAGAUGCUAGGCAGUGGGAAUGGCAGUACCACCUGCCAGUGCAGCCACCUGAGCAGCUUUGCCGUCCUCAUGGCCCACUACAAGGUGGAGGACCCGAAACUGGCCUUGAUCACCAAAGUGGGGCUGUCGCUGUCGCUGAUUUGCCUGAUGCUGUGCAUCCUCACGUUCCUGCUGGUGCGACCCAUCCAGAGCUCGCGCACCACGGUGCACCUACACCUCUGCAUCUGCCUUUUCGUGGGCUCUGCUAUCUUCCUGGCAGGCAUCGAGAACGAGGGUGGCCAGGUGGGGCUGCGCUGCCGCCUGGUGGCCGGACUGCUGCACUACUUCUUUCUGGCCGCCUUCUGCUGGAUGAGCCUUGAGGGCCUGGAGCUUUACUUCCUCGUGGUGCGCGUGUUCCAAGGCCAGGGCCUGAGCACGCGCUGGCUCUGCCUCAUUGGCUACGGCGUGCCCGGCGUCAUCGUCGGCGUCUCAGCGGCUGUCAACAGCCAGGGCUAUGGCCGCGUCCCCUACUGCUGGUUGGACCCGGCCGGUGGCUUCCUUUGGAGCUUCUUGGGACCAGUGACCUUCAUCGUUCUGUGCAAUGCUGUCGUCUUUGUCAUUACUGUUUGGAAGCUCACCCAGAAGUUUUCUGAAAUCAACCCAGACAUGAAGAAAUUAAAGAAGGCAAGGGUGCUGACCAUCACCGCUGUGGCCCAGCUCUUUGUGCUGGGCUGCACCUGGGUCUUCGGCCUGUUCCUGUUCGACCCGCACAGCUGGGUCCUGUCGUACAUUUUCACCAUCCUCAACUGCCUGCAGGGUCUCUUCCUCUUCCUCCUGCACUGCCUGCUCAACAAGAAGGUGAGGGAAGAGUACUGGAAGUGGCUCUGCCUGGUCACCAGAAACAAAUACUCGGAGUUUACCUCAUCCACGUCUGCCACCAGCCACAACCAGACCCGGGCCCUCAGGCAGUCAGAAUCCGGAAUGUGA